GAUGACGAAGAUAAUGCUCCCAACGGAAUCUUUACAGUCUUGACGGAUUGCUACUCCCCUACCUGUACUCGCGAACAGCUCUGUUACAGUGUUCUGUGCCCAAGACGUUUAGAGCAAGCCAGAAACUCUGAGUGGCGCAAGAACCAUCAUCGUUCCACAAGCAGAUCCUCUCUUUUGAAAGAACAGGAAGAAGAACGUCUGUGGAUCAACACUGUUGAUAAAAAAAUAUAUGAUUCACUUUCAAGAGAAGAGAAGAAACGCCAGGAGCACAUCUACGAACUGUUUUACACCGAAAAGGACUUUGUUGAUGAUCUUGCUUAUGUUAAAAAGUACUGGAUUCAACCUUUGACGGACAGCGACAUCAUUCACAUAGACAGACGACACGACGUGAUUAGGGAAAUAUUCUGGAAUAUUAAUGAAGUUCAUGAAGUCAAUUCUAGACUGUCAAAGGCUUUCAAAAGACGACAAGACGAGAAUCCUGUGAUUGAUCAAGUUGGAGAUAUCUUACUUGAGCACGUUGGCAGAUUCCAGCCUUUUGUUAAAUAUGGAUCGCAUCAGAUUAUCAGCAAGUCUGCUUUUGAGAGUGAGAAAUUGAAUACCCCCGAGUUUGCUCUAUUUGUAAAGGUUACUGAACGACUUGCUCAGUCUCGUAAGCUUGAAUUGAACGGAUAUCUUACAAAGCCUACUACGCGUCUUGGUCGUUACAAUCUUCUUCUUCGCGAGAUUUUGAAGCACACCCCCAAAGAACACCCUGAUCAAGAAGCUAUCCCAAAGAUUAUGAAGAUCAUUUCUGAGUUCUUGAGCAGUGUUAACCAUGAGACCGGAAGAACUGAGAAUCGGUUCAAUCUUCAAAUGUUGAACGAGCGUCUUUUGAACAAGCAGAUGUCUGGAAUGGACUUGGAUCUCUUGGCCGAACAUCGCGAAAUUAUUAUGAAGGGAACUUUGAAGAAAAAGGGAUCUGGAUCCGAAUCCUCUGACAUGCAUGUGUUUUUGCUUGAUCAUUGUCUUUUAAUUACUAAGCAAAAGUUUGUACAAGGUGCUGAGAGAUACAAGUUGUAUGGCAAGCCUAUUCCAUUAGCAGUACUUUCCAUUUGUUUGCCAGAUCAGACAAAGAGAUCUAGUACUAUACUCCCUUAUGGCAGACCAAGUACGGGUUCUUUUACUUCUGCAGCAAAUGGAUUGGAAAUCCCUCCUCUGUCGAGCAACAAGGGAGGAUAUCCUAUUUCCUUCCAGCAUUUAGGAAAGCAGGGAGCUGGACCUAUCGCACUCCAUGCCACCACAUUCAGUUCUCGCCGCCAGUGGGUAGAGAAGAUCGAGAGCCAGCAACAGGCAAUGAUGGAAAAACAAAAAGUAUUUGACAUUGUACCUGUUGUCGACAAUUUCUUCAACCCUUUCAACAGAGUUCACUGUGCAGCCACAUUCGAUAAUGGAAAAUCUAUUCUCUUUGGCAGUGACCAAGGCGUGUACCUUAAAAAAGAGGGCAAAGAAAGCGACUUUAUAAGAAUCCUGGACAUGGCCAAGGUUUCCCAGAUUGACAUCCUCGAAAGCUCCAAGUUGAUUCUGGUGCUUAGUGAAAAGAACCUCUAUACAUACUCUCUCGAGACCCUUUUGGGCCAUGAAUCUGGUAUCAAGCGUGGCCGAAAGAUAAGCAAGCAUGUGGCCUUCUUUAGUGUCGGACCGAUUCUGGACAAGUCGGACCCCGAGAAGCAUAUCCAGAAGAUGCUGGUGAGCUUUGUACGCAUAAAUGCCAUCACAUCCACCAUAUCUAUCUUGGAACCCUAUGAGAAUAUGGAUGCCAAGAAGAAAAACAAGCACAACAUCAGCCGUCUGAUCCGAGGUUCGAAUGAGGUUCUGAGAUCAAACAAAGAGCUUUAUGUAUUUGGUGAGGCGUUUUCGAUCCAAUACUUUAAGAAUAUCAUUUGCGUUGGUUGUCCGAAAGGAUUUCAAAUGGUCGAUCCAAACUCGGCAGAAGUUCAGAGUGUUUUGGAUCCUGCUGAUGAACGCAACCAGAUAAUCUUUGAAAGAGAAAGCAUGAAGCCUAUUUCGAUGUUCAGACAUCAUAACGGUAGCAUAUUGCUAUGCUACAAUGAAUUUGCCUUCUUUAUUGACAAGAAAGGCAAGAGACUAAGAGACGAUUGGGCUAUUCACUGGGAAGGAAGCCCGACCGCGUGUGUAUUCAGAUUCCCAUAUGUUGUAGCGUUCAAUUCGACAUUUAUUGAAGUGCGCCACAUAGAUACAGGCGACCUUCAUCAGGUCAUACCAGGCAACAACAUCAGAUGUCUC